AAUGUUCGCUGCUUGUUAUCAAUGGAGGGUAUCAACAUCAAUUCAACAAAUAAGGCUGGAGAAACUCCUCUUGAUGUUGCAGAAAAAUUUGGAAGUCCUGAACUUGUCUCCAUAUUGAGGGAUGCUGGGGCUGCUAAUUCCACUGACCAAGGGAAACCUCCAAAUGCUUCAAAACAACUCAAGCAGACUGUCAGUGACAUAAAGCACGAUGUACAAUCCCAACUCCAACAGACACGUCAGACUGGCAUGAGGGUUCAGAAAAUUGCAAAGAAGCUGAAAAAGCUACACAUCAGUGGCCUGAACAAUGCAAUAAACUCUGCAACUGUUGUUGCCGUUCUUAUUGCUACAGUUGCUUUUGCAGCCAUCUUCACAGUCCCGGGUCAAUAUGUUGAAAAUAAAACAGAUGGAUUUUCUCUUGGACAAGCAAAUAUAGCAAACAAUGCAGCUUUCCUAAUAUUUUUUGUGUUUGACAGCCUGGCAUUGUUCAUCUCUCUGGCAGUUGUAGUGGUUCAAACUUCCGUAGUUGUUAUUGAGCAAAAGGCAAAAAAGCAGCUUGUUUUUGUCAUUAACAAGCUCAUGUGGAUGGCUUGCCUUUUCAUUUCCAUUGCCUUCAUUUCUCUUACAUACGUGGUGGUGGGAUCACACUCCAGAUGGCUUGCAAUAUAUGCUACAGUGAUUGGAAGCUUGAUAAUGCUCUCUACAAUUGGCUCCAUGUGCUAUUGUGUAAUUUUGCAUAGGAUGGAGGAGACAAAGUUGAGGGCCGAGAGUCGAUCAUUCUCCAUGUCUCAUGCAUCAGACCAAGAGAUUUUAAACAGUGAAUACAAGAGGAUGUACGCACUGUAAUUGAUAUAUCCGAAUGAAAUGGCUUGCAUUAUCCAGCAUAUUCUUGAAGUGGUGAUAGGUAGUUUCUACUGUCAGUGUCAGAUUGUAUGAAGAUAACCUACGGUCUUUGUUAGACUACAGAUACCGUGAGAACCGAGGGAAAUGAAGAAAAAGGGGUGGGGAAUUCUCGCCACGUCCACUAGUAAGUAGAAAGGAUUUUAUCAAAUUUAGUAUGAUCUUGGUGAAAUAAUUGUGGUGGUGAAGACUUCUUUUAAUGGAAGAUAGGUAUGCAAAUAAUCACUAUAUUGGCAUCAUAAGUUAUCAAUCA